AUGAAUAAAAAUAUCCACAAUAGGAUAAGUAUUACAAAAAGUACACCAGGAGUGACAUACAACGACGCAGUUACAUCCACUGAUAGCCAGCGACUGCAGGAUGGAGAACCGACCAGGGAAAUCGCGCAACCGACCGAAGAUGAGGCGGGCGUCCACUUUUCACAUAGAGAUCUUGAUUUCCUUGGAAGUGACCGUGAGCCAAUGUUCGUCAUUGUGGACUCAAGCAACAUCAGUGAUCCAAGUUCUAAGGAACUACUUAUCGAUAAUGUAUUUCACCCUAGAGAUACGGUUUUGACAAAAUACUUAAAUAACAACGUUACGCCUGUGGACUUGCCGUCAACCAGCACAGAUCUCAGAAAUGAAUUGGUACCGCCGCUGCUGAGAGGAACCGACUCGUCUGAUGAAAUGCAAAUGAUGGACAUUAACCUUCAAAGUGAUAACGAACUAUUGGUUGGUGACUCUGACUGCGACAAUGAUUCUAUAGUGAUAUCUUACUUGAGAAACAAGGAUACCAUUUUGGACUUUGAAAGUUCGCUAAUGUCAACUAAAAAGAAAUCGUCCCUGCUAGAAAAUGUACCGAAAUUGGAAACGAUAUUAGAGAGUGAACAAUUUAGCACGUUUCCAUUGACUUCUACACCUGAAGCCACAUCACAAAAUUUUCUAAAAAACGGAGGACAACAUAGCCCAUAA